CCUCCCGACGAAAGUUAAAGGAAAAAGGGGUACGAAGUUCUCUUCUCGCGAGACUUGCGAGCGGCCAUCUUGCUCCUGUCCCUGACAGCUUCUCCGGUCGGGGUCACCGGGACGCUAAGACCGCUGCCUGGACGUUCGCUGACCAUGCUGUCCCGAGUGGUGCUUUCUGCUGCCGCCACAGCGGCCCCCUGCCUGAAGAACCCAGCCGUCCUAGGUCCAGGGGUAUUGCAGGCAACGAGGAUCUUUCACACAGGACAGCCAAGUCUUGCCCCUCUACCACCUCUUCCUGAAUAUGGAGGAAAAGUUCGUUUUGGGCUGAUCCCUGAGGAAUUCUUCCAGUUCCUUUAUCCUAAAACCGGUGUAACAGGACCCUAUGUGCUUGGAACUGGGCUUAUCUUAUAUUGUCUAUCCAAAGAAAUAUAUGUGAUUUCCCCAGAGACCUUCACUGCCAUAUCGACAAUUGGGUUACUUGUCUAUGGAAUUAAAAAAUAUGGUGCCUCUGUUGGAGAAUUUGCUGAUAAACUCAAUGAGCAAAAAAUUGCCCAACUGGAAGAGGUGAAGCAAGCUUCCAUCAAACAAAUCCAGGAUGCGAUUGAUAUGGAGAAGUCACAGCAGGCACUGGUUCAGAAGCGCCAUUACCUUUUUGAUGUCCAGAGGAAUAACAUUGCUAUGGCCUUGGAGGUUACUUACCGGGAACGGCUAUAUAGAGUAUAUAAGGAGGUAAAGAAUCGCCUGGACUAUCAUAUCUCUGUGCAAAAUAUGAUGCAUCGAAAGGAACAAGAGCACAUGAUAAACUGGGUGGAGAAGCAUGUGGUGCAGAGCAUCUCUGCACAGCAGGAAAAGGAGACAAUUGCCAAGUGCAUCGCAGAUCUAAAGCUGCUUGCAAAGAAGGCUAAAGCACAGCCAGUUCUGUAAAUGUAUCUUUCCCAAUUGAGACAGUGAGAAACAGUUGACUAAAUGGAGAGUAGUCUGUGUGACAAAAUCUUUCCAUAUUGCUGUCUACUGAAGUUAAAGUUACCUUUCCUAAAAAUGAAAAGUUUGAGUUUCAUAUAGUGAAAGAACUAAAUCUGUUGGCCAGUCAGAUGUUUCUCAUCCUUAUUCUGCAUUUGGGGUUGUUACAUGAUCACUUUUGAAUAAGAGGUUUGCUUUUGUUAAAAUUUGCUGCCUGACUAAAGAUCAUCAAGUUAUAGUUUAAAUCUGUAAAUAAUUCUACCAUCUUGCAAUAAAGUGACAGUUGAA